AGAUAAUAAUUAUUAGGAGAAAUAUUAAACAAAUCUCCAAAGAAUACACAUUUAAUAUUCCUUUUAUUUUCCACAUAUAUUUUGAGCCCCAUUUCCAUUCGCUUUUCCCAUUUCCCUGCACCUUUAAGCUCUUGGCUGCAAUUAAAGUUUCUUCUUAAAUACAAGCGACAGGCGGCCCCCACCCACUCCCCUCCCGGGUGGUAUGUCAACACCAAUAGGGAUCAAUAGUCUGCUGUCCACCCCGUCCACACACACACACACACACUCGUAUUUUGCUCGUAUUUUCCUCUGUGGCACAACAAAAACAACAACAAUAAUUAAUUGAUUCUGUUGGCGGAGCAACAACACAUGAAAUUAAUGUCAAUUUCGUUAACAUUUACAAGGACGCAUGAGAGAGAGAGAGAGAGAGAGAGAGAGUGGGGGGGGGGGGGGGAGGGGAGAUGUGGUCGCCAUUUUGUGAUUUCCCAGCCAUUUGUCAAAUUUUCUCCGAGACAUAGAACUCCCAUGCCUAGGGGUGCCCGAAAAUAGCCCAUAAAUUAUGAGAAAACCAAAACCACAGAUCAAUUUAUUUUGUGUCUCUCCCGUGCCACAUCCUGGGGCAGGCAUCCUGUCAACGCGAAAGAUGAAGUAGAAAAAACAAUUAAAACCCCAUUCCCAGACAUCUUUUUUAAUGCGAAACGGCGUCUGGCAGCCCCCCACUCCCCACUCCCCCCCCCCACUUCCUUCCGUCCACAGGCCUUGACUUUUAUCCACCUUUCGGGCUGGUUGCUGCUUGCUGAUUUCUGAUUCUGUUUCUGAUUCCGCAGGUCUGUCUGCAUAAUUUUUUGUGCCUUGCCGUCGCCUUGAUGAUAAAUGUUUUUGCAAAUCGCUGGCGACACUUGGCGGCCAUCCAGGCUGAACGCCCGAAAGCCCGAAAGUGGGAGCCUCCCUGCUCCUCCUUGCCGGCUUUCCCCCGUUUCCUUCAGACUAGACACAUUUUCUCCUGUAUAUUAAUAACUGUCAUUCGUGUGGGCUGCCGCCGCCAUCAUUGUCUCAUCCCCCAAAACAAAGCUAAGCCACACUGCCAGAGAGUAAGAGAGUUCUUUGAUAUUUUCCUUCACUUUAGUCUUUAGUCUCUAGAAAUUCAUAUGUCUUUGGACCCGUUGGAUCCUUCGGCUAGGUUUAGGUGUGGCCCCAAACAGGCGCGUGUGCCGCACGCGUGGCGCGUGUAUAUGAAAAUUAUGUUAAUUUAUACUCCUCUUGUGGUGUGGCACGAGUCGGAGGCCGAGGCAGCCCCCCGCCGAGUGUCUGUUUGGGUUAACUUAAUGGUCCAAGAGGUGUUUAGAGGGUAUGAUCGACGGGCCCAGUCCCCGCCCAGUCUAAGAAAAGAUUUAAUAUAGAAUUUGGCCGCAGAAUUUUGAGUAUUUAUUCUUCUAAAUGGAAGUCAAUUCUUUGCGGAGAUAAACUAUGAAAUAUUCUACUAUUUUCAAGCAAAGGUCUCCGAGGGAGAGAGCUAAGGGCGGAAAUAGAGAGAUAGUGCUGUGCUAAGCCACACUGGGAAAGGAAGAACCCUGUUUUCUUUACUCUGACUAUAAAAAUCAUACGAUUGCCAAGGAAAAGAUCUUGGGAAAGAUCUAAAGCCAGGGAUCCUAAAAGAGCAUACGGAUCUUCCACUGAAAAUAAUAACUACAUAUUUUUCAGAGAAUAUCCCCACAAUAUUCCUAGGAAUUAUAAAAGUCUCUCCAUAUUCCACAUUCAAAUUUGUAGGAUUUCCUCCUCUAACUUGGUCCAGGGUAUCCCUUUAGUCGUGGCAUCUCUUAGCCUUGCUGAACUUAUUUUUUCCACGUCUGUUGCUCAGAUUUUGAGCUUGCGUGUGCGUUUCUUUUUAUGCAUUAAAUUAGAAGGGAGGAAAGGGCAGGAAAGGGCAGGAAAGGGAACCUCCUUGCCGUCUGGAAUAUGUUAUUCCUUUUUGCCCGAGACAUUGCCUGUCAUCGUCACACAAUUUGUAUAAGCUUCUUAAAGGGUUAAGGGACACACACAGGAGAGAGAAAGAGAGGCCACAAAUUAAUUUCAAGGCAGAAAACAUGUUGCACUGGCCAGCCAGGGAUAUACAUAUAUUUAAUAAAUUGCCAAGAGUGCAGUGGCAGUGGCAGUGGCAGUGGCAGAGUGGCUGUAUGAGAAAUAUGGAACCGCAAUAUUUAUCACAUGUCCAGGACCCACUUUGAUGCUGCAUAUAUUCGGAAACCCAGAGAGAGAGAGGGAGAGAGGGAGAACGAGUCCAAGAAGGAGUCUUGGGUCUGUUCGAAUGCUCUGCGGUCUGGGUUUCAGGGCAUUAAUUAUGAUAAUAUUUCUUGGACUUUAAUAAGCCCAUGCUCUGGCCCCACCCCCCCUCUCUGGAGUAUGCAAACUGUUUGCACUCUUGCCCCCACGUCUGCACUCGAGUGCAUUGUCAGGUAAUUACAAUAAGACGCUUAUAAGCGCUCUCAUCACAAAAGUAAAGUGCCAAAUGCAAGUACUCGCCGAGAACAGAGCCAGAAGUAGAGACUUGGUCUUUGUCUCCGUUUUUGGCCAAUAAUUAACUGACAGAAUGGAGAAUCUGUUUGCCUGUUUGCCUGUGUCUGCUGUCUGUUGUUUGUUGUCCUUUGCAUUAAUCUGUCUGUCGGUUAAAUAGCUCGACGGCAUUUAUUUGUCCUGCAAAAGGAGCCCAAAUAUUGCCUAGAAUUUACACAUGUUAAUAAUUUUAAGGAGACAGCACUUAGUAGCAGUGAUUAAGUGCAGAACUUAAGCUGAGGAGAAAGGAAUUCCAGAGAUUUUAAGAUGAACGGAAGGCAAUCUGGGCAAGGAUGGAAACUGAUGAGGAAUUUCAAUGGUUUUUCGAAGGAAGUAAGAAAGAAAGGUUUGGAGUUUUUAGGGCUUUUAAUUGUGGAAAAUAUCUAAACAGAUCCCAGCAAUCUCUGACAGAGUUUUCCCAUAGAAAAAAGUAAAUUUUUGCCUACGAAAAUGUGGCUUUCAUUCCUCCUAUUAUUGCUCCCGCCUUUGGGUUCCCUCUGUGGCGAUAUGCCAGAUCUUUCAUUCAACCAUUUGGCCUCGUAUCUGGUCUCCCUGCGAUCCUACGAUUACGUGGAACAUCCUGGCGAUAAUCACUUCUGUUCGGGGGCCAUCAUCUCAGAGCGGCAUGUCCUCACGUCGGGCCACUGCAUCACCAACAAAAGAGGUCUCCUGAUGAAUGCCCGACGCAUUAAGCUGGCCUUCUGUUCUCCCCUGGCCGAUGCCCGCGACAAGCGCGAACAAUUGGUCCGCAUCCACUCCAUGGUGGUGUAUCCGCUGUACGAAAGGAACAAACAGGACGACUUGGGGGUCAUCAAGCUAAGGCGAAACAUAUGGUUCAGGGGUCACCAUUUGGUGAGCGUCAGCAUUGGCUCGGACCAACUAGACGUGGGCAAAGAUUGCUUUGGCAUCGGCUGGACCCAAAGGGAGAGUCGACGCAAAAUGAAAGCCCAUCCCUUGCUGGUGGCCAAUGUGGAGAUACGUCCCUUCGAGGAGUGCCUCAAGCCGCAGGCGCAGAAUCUGUCAAGGAAUGCCCAUGCCGAGGGCGACUUUUUGAUGUGCCUGAACAACACUGAUCCCCAGAUUUGCAUGUCCGACAUCGGUGGCCCCAUCUUCUGCAAUAAUCGUCUGUACGGCCUGGCUCUGGGCUUCGUCGAUUGCUCCGAUCACGAUCCCGUGUUCUUCAGCUAUGUGCCGUACUAUAAUUCAUGGUUGGAGCGCAUUAUAUCCCAGGGAGUGCUGCUGCACCACAGACUGCCGCUCCGGUGGUUCGUUGCCUGGGCCCUCCUCCUCCUCCUCCGCCACAACUUUCUCUCGGGGCAAAUGCAUGGCUGAAAACCUCUCAUUUUGCCUCCUCCUUGAAGUGCGAUUAAAGUGCUGCCAGCCAUAGAUGAAGAGCCCUUGCCGGGGGAAAAAACUUUCGCCAGCACUGCACCUGUCUGUCUGCCCCUCUCCCCUCCCCCCACUGUUUGUGCCACGUGUGGCAAAUGUCACGUUCACUUUUUACACUGUUUCCACCCCCCCACCACCCCCGAAAAACCGCAUUGAACUUUCCUUUCAUGUUUCUGUUACCCAAAAAAAACUGCCAAAAAACUUAAUAAAUUUCUGUACAUAAAACAUGAUUCAUUAAGGCGCUUCCCCCCAUAAAUAAUAGAAAAUAGCCCCUCAUUGCUUGGUCAAAAGUAAAAGGCCAAUCAUUAUUAAUAGCCACGAAAAUCGAGCCAACAAAAAGGUACACAAAAAGACCCGCAGAUACUGUCCAAAAGUUAACAAAAAAAAAAGAGGAAAAAAUACAAACAAAAUUCGGGUUUUUUUUUCGUCAUAAAUCAGUAAUAAUUAUCGCUCUCCAAUUGCUCCCUGGCCCCCCCACCGAAAAAAAAGAAACGAAGAGCUGAUAAAUCGAUGCUGAUAAAAUGAAAAUUACCCAAGAAAAUGGCAUACAAUCCAUAUUGAGACCUCGCACACACAUGUGGCGUCUGUGCGGUGUGCAAAGUGUUGUGUGUGUGCUUUUUGUGUGAUUUUCCUUUUCAUUUUCAGCUGAAAUUGCAUACCGAUUGGCGGCAGACAGCAGCAGCAGCACCCAGACAUCAGACGUCAGACAUGUGCUGUGUGUGCCUUUCUCUCGGCUGGCCCUCUAUUCAUUGGAGGCAUUCGAGAGGUAGGACCUUUGGGCAGGGACUAUGGAAAGAUUUUAUAGAAGUGCAGAAGAAAGCUUGAAGGAAAAAUGGGCGCCAAAAGGCUGCUUUGCGUGGUAUAAAGCAUGAUAUAGGGAUCUUAGAGACUAGUACUGAUAAAAAACAUACUCCCUUAAAGAAUAAAUUAAAAUAUUCAUAUAGAAAUAUUCAAAUAAUUCUUCUAGCCUUUAAAAAAGAGAAAGAAGAAAGCAAUGAUUAGAAAACAGGAUUUAUCGAUUUGUGUUUGCAAUAGAAUUUGAUUUAUUGGCCAUAGAUAAUCAUCGAUAAUUUUCAUAAAUUUGUUUCUUCGAUAGCUUCGUUUAAGUGGAUUUAUCGAUUGUCGAUACUGAUUUGAAAUUAUCGAUUAAUUUCAUACAUUUGUUUAUUCGAUAUACGAAAGUUUGCUAAAUCGAAUUAUCUAUAGUUAUCGAUUAUAAUAACGAUAAUUGUAGGAAUAUGUGAAAAUGGAUUUCUUUAAAAACCCAAUCACUGACUUUGAAAUACCAGAAGUCCUCUAACAAACCAAAUCCAAGUUUUUAUGGAAUUAUCGAUAAAUAUCGAAAUGAGCAACAUACGAUUUUCUGCUUUUAUGGACUUCGAAAUAAUUUUAAAACCGAAUUCACACUUAAAUGAAUUUUUUCUUAAUUUGAAAGUUAAAAAAAAACAUUAAAAUUAUGGUAAAUUAUUUAAUGUAAUAAUUACGGCUCCAAUCCAAUAGAUCCCUUGAGCUUUCCACCGAUUUCUCCAAAUUGUAGCCCCUAAUCCCCUCGUUUAUCCCAUUGUCUGGAACCCAAAGGAUGCACCCGAAAACCAGAAUUUCCCAUUGAAAAAUCAAAAUACUCGAAAAACACACACACCAAAAAAAUGUUAAGUAAAAAUCACGUACCACCUAAAAGACGCUAACGUGGCUAAAAUGGAAACAAUAGCCACAGAGGGCGAAAGAGAGGGGGAAAGGGGAUCCAGAUUGUUAGAUAUUUACUCGAUGGCAAAGCAAAGUUGAUUUUUAUUGAAGGGUUUUCUCGCAAAAAGGAAGGCAUUAAAUUAAAUCUAUUUGUACAAUUUAUAGAGGGGGCAAAAAAAAACUCAAGUGAAAUGAUUUCUAUGGCCACACACGAGCAGCAGCAACAAAAACACUUUAGGUUCUUGUCCAGGGGGUGGGGUGUGGGGUGUGGGGCAACGUUUCCGCUGAGGCAUGACCACUGAACUAGACAACAGUUCAUGCCCACAAGGCGAAAGCUGCAAAACUGCAGACAUGGCAUCAAAUAAAGCACUGGAGAGCGCACUGGGCGAGGGGGGGGGGGGGGGGAUGUAUAUCCAGUCGAGAAUCCAGCAAACAACAACAACAGCAACAGCAGCAGAGCUCCCCGAGAGGACGACCGAAUAUUUUUCGCUUGCAAGAAAUCGAAAACGAAACGGGAAAAAAAACAAAGCUAAAUAAAUAAAUAUCCCAGGCAGCGAAAGAGGGACAUGGGACAUGGAUAAAAAAUAGAUUUGCUCUGAAUAUGCACCACAGGAGUGGGGCAGUGGGGAGGGGAAGGAUCGCUGCUGGAACGUAUGUCGACACAACGUCUCGAAUGCUACCAUCGGUUCCAGAGUUUGUUUUCAUUUUUCUGUUGUGUGUGUGUUUGUGUAUCUGAAUCUGUGACAUUGUCCAGCUACAAACUCUACUUUUUUUGCAUCCGCGCGCCACAGUUUGUUGCCCCUUGCCGCCCCCGCAGCACCUCGGACUUCUUUUACUCUGUGGCACUUUUCGAUUUUAAUACCCCUUCAAUGGGGUAGGGUAGGGUAGGGCACCACAAGGUGUAUCGUAUUCCUGAAGAUACUUUCCUGCAAAACCUUUAGAUACAACAAUUUUUUACAUUAUUUUUUGUAAGUAUUCGAAUAAGAUGUGGCAGAGCUGCUCCUCCACCGAAAAUCAUCCCAAUCGCAGAAAGUAGAGAAUAAAGUAUUGCUUAGAGAAAAACCUGUGGUAGCCCCAAUUUUAAAGAUAGGAGUACCAUAUUUGGUGAAAAUAUAUACAAAGCAAAUGGGCACGUAUUUACCAAGUUUCAUCAAAAUCGGAUAAAGAAAGAAUCGGAUAGAAAAGAAAACCUUUCCGGGAGCCCCAUUUUUAAAGAUCAUAAUUUGGGGUAACUAUAAGAGAGGACAUUAUCCACACACCCAUCGAAAAUCCACCCAAUCCAACUACUCCCUCCAAGCGAAAAUAAUACAGGGUAUCCCCAUUGUCUGGACAUCUCGGAAAGCCUCUCCCCUCUGGUUUAUUUCCCUCGGUUUUUGUGUUGAGGGUGUGAAAACGAUUUUCUGCUGACUCUUGAAAUUCCAAGCUGCAGCAAAACUUCUUCAUUCUCUCUCCCUCUCUCACUGCUGCCGCGCGGCAUGCCGCAAGGGAUUUAGUUUAUGCGGUGGUCCGCGUCCUCUAGCUUUUUGCUGUGGCUGUGGCUGUGGCUGUUGCCACGUCUCUAAGUGGUUUCAUUGCGCUACAAAUUCGAGUGUGAAUGCAACAAAAAAAAAAAAAUACCAGAGUGUAACUGAAAUCUCUCACAACUCAAUUGUCAAAAGUUAAGGCGACAUUUCAGGGGCGGGUACGCUUAAAAAACAAAAACAAACCAAAGAAAAAAA